GGAAGUAAAGCGGUGGAGGAGUCCGGCGGCGGUUCCUGCAUUGUGGAGAAGAGAGCGAUGAGUCCAGCGGAGCGCGGGGCAGCCGGGCCAGCGGAGAAACUCCAGCACUAACUUUUAACCUCAGCUCCUCACCUCCUCACAGCCCGCUGUAAACAUGAUGCGCUUUCUGCUGCUCUUCAGUCGUCAGGGGAAGCUUCGGUUGCAGAAGUGGUUCUUGCCAACGACUGAAAGAGAGAAGAAGAAGAUCAUCCGGGACAUGACCACCAUGGUGCUGGCACGAAAACCACGCACAUGUAAUUUCCUGCACUGGAGGGACCUGAAGAUCGUCUAUAAGAGGUAUGCCAGCCUGUAUUUCUGCUGUGGUUUGGAGGACCAGGACAACGAGCUGCUAGCUUUGGAGGUGCUGCACCGAUACGUUGAACUACUCGAUAAAUACUUCGGAAGCGUAUGUGAGUUGGACAUCAUCUUCAACUUCGAGAAGGCCUAUUUCAUUCUGGAUGAGUUCCUAAUGGGAGGAGAAAUCCAGGAGACGUCCAAACAGUCCAUCGCCAAAUCCAUCGAGGCAUCGGACAUGCUGCAGGAGACCAUGGAAGAAUACAUGAGCAAACCGGCCUUCUAACAGCGGAGGAGGGGAAUACAGAUCAACAGGACUAAAAGGAAGUGUCCGGAUCUGCAGCAGCACUCAUGAGGACGACAGCUAUGCACUGUUUUUUAAUUACUGAAACAUUGGAGUUACUUGACUGUUGGUUUGAUUGCUGUCGGAGAGUUCUGUCGAGCAUAUGAAGGAAAUACGAAUGACCAAAUUUGUAAUUUUGCUGGGAGAACAUCAGCCUGUUAGGAGCUUCAUUGCUCGUCGGACGCGAUUUCAAAAGGAGAAUUUUUAAACUAUUGUUUAAUAUUAUUAUUAUUAUGUACUUGUACAGCAGUUCACAGCUCCAGCUUGGGUGAUUUCUGGUAGUUUCCGGUGCUUUUCCUGCCACAGCGUUUUAGACAGCUUGUCAAACUAUUUUUAAAUAAUAUAUUCUUUGUAUAACAGGGUUGUGUUUUGAGGACGGAACAUACAAAUGUGAGACGGACAAGGUAGCACUAAAGUGAGGAGCACUGUUGUUUCGAGCAUUUCGUCAGCUCAGCAAUAACUAUCAAUAAUGCUGUGAUAAUUUGCAUAGGACUCACGCAAGACGCACAAUGAUGAUGAUGAUGAUGAUGAUGUCUCACUGAAUCCACUUAAACCUUAAUUCUCAAGACCAAUAUCAAUAUCGAGAUCUUAACCUGCAAUAACUACAGUAACUGUACUUAAUGUUGAUUAAAAAGUGCCUGAUUUGUGAUUGUAUGCCUUUUAUUCAGAUCAUUUCUUAAGUGUGAUGCACGCUUAAAAGAGAACUCCGGUGUGAAAUUGACUUUUAGUGUAGUAAAACGUGAUAAAGUGUAUUAACCUUUGUUGAAAAGCCCACCUCCACUCUCCCGCAGCUUUCCGAGAUCCAGUCAUUUUGUGCAGUUUGUCCAAACAGGCUUUAGAAUGGGUUUUAAUGGGGCAUAUUUUGACCCAGCAGAUAAAUAGCUUUUUACACUGUUAUUCAGGCUCAGAGUAGCUCCACGCCUCAUUGGUAGAAUCCGGAGAGCCCUGACAUUUAAAACAAGGCAUUAAGAACUUUAAAAGUGCACAAGACUUUUAUUAAAAGCCACUGUUUACAACCCAUAACGUAAUCUAAAUCUCCGGACCUUGCCAUCUUAAAGUAAAAUCAUGAUCAGUAGAGUCAAGAGUUUUUAAUGAUUCAUUCGUAAUGUUUCAUUCCUGAUAUUUCAUUCUUAAAGACUCAUUUUAAAUGUUAAGGCUCUCCAGAUUCUACCAAUGACGUGUGGAGCUACUUUGAGCCUGGAUAACAAGGCAAAAUAUGCCCCACUAAAACCCUUCUCUUAUUCUAAAGCCAGUUCAGACAAACUGCGCAAAAUUGCUGGAUCUCAGAAAGCUGUGGGAGAGCGGAGGUGGGAUAAUCAACAAAGGUUAGUGCCCUUUAUCAUGUUUUACUACACCCAAAGUCAAUUUCACACCGGAGUUCUCCUUUAAUGAGACCACUUGAUUGAAACACUAAGGGAAAUUGUUUUUUUUUUUAUGUUGUUAAAAUGAUGACUAAUGCGGUUGUUUCGAGCAUGUUACCAAAUCUACUCUGUUGAAGCUGAACAUUAAAAUUGUAUUUUCAUAUAUAUAAAUAUAUAUAUAUAUAUA